AUGGAUGUAGACGGUCUGUUUUUUUAUCGCAACUGUUUUGCGAUUGCAUAUGCACUGCCUUCAUCAUUCCAUGGUACAUUUGGCGUUGCUGGCGAACCACUUUUGGUAAAUAAUCGCCCAAUUGGACAAAUUAAUGUAGAAUAUUUCUUCAUUCGACCAUUUUUAACAUCAUGUUGGGUACAGAAAAUGAAUAUUUCCUAUGCCAAACACUGGAAAAAGCAGCAACAUCUUGAAAAUAUAAUACAUUCGCUCAAUACUGCUGUAAAGCAUGGCGCCGAUUAUGUUGAAUUCGAUGUUCAACUUUCAAAAGAUAAAAUUGCCGUUAUAUUUCAUGAUUUCCAUGUUUUGGUCACUGUGGCAAAACGCCGGAUUCCUUGUCUGGAAAUCCAACCUCUUAAAGCUUCCAAUGAUUAUCAUGAAAUCGCUGUGAAAGAUCUAAAAUUGAAGCAGCUUCAGUUACUUCGUCUAGAACAUUAUAAAGCGCAGACUCAAACGAAGCAGAAUUACACAAAGGUAAGUGCCGAAGCAGAUGAAAAAGAUGAACGUCUGGCGUUUCCGACAUUAGUAGAUGCAUUACGUCAAAAUGGAUUGCAUGAAUGUGAAAAUUAUUUCAAACGCAAUGAUUACAUUGGCAUCAUUCUUAAUGACGUGUUGGAAAGUGCUGGCGACCGUCAAAUCAUGUUCUCUUCAUUUGAUCCUGAUUGCUGCGCUCUGUGUGUUUUUGCAUUUUGA